AUGAAGCUAGCCUGGACCCAGGCCAUCAUUGACACCAUCCACAAUGGUGAGCUGGCCAAGUGUGAGUAUGAGAACUUUGGGGUCUUCAACAUCAGCAUUCCCAAGGUAGUGACUGGCAUGCCUGCUGAGAUUCUCAACCCUGUUAACUUGUGGAAGGACAAGGCUGCCUACAAGGCCACCCUUGAGAAGCUGGCCCAGAAGUUCAGCAACAACUUAGUGGCCUAUGCCAAUGCCUGCAUGCCUGGCACCAUCGCCACUGGCCCCAAGCUCCCCUCUGCCUAA